UUUUUCCCAAUGAUGCUUUUAAUUUGUGACAUUUUAUUUCAUAAUGUGACUUUUCAUGACUGAUGAUGUCACCACCUUCUCCCUUUGCAGCCAAUCACAUCACAUAAUUAUAUACAGAGCACUUUUAAUACACAAAAUGUAGUUUAAAGUGCUUUACAAAAUACAUAUCACUCAAUACAGUUUUAAAAAAGGAAGUAAAAUAAUACACAUAAACAGGACUUGAGGAAAUUUGGGCACAUCCAUAAACUGAUUGUUCUCAAAGGAGUAGUUCAGACAACUUUAUUUAUCCCCCAUGGGCAAUUCAUUUGUAUGUUCCCAGUCCAUACAUUCGGUUUCAACAGACAACCAACCAACCAGAUAUAGUUCAAAUAUCAGAGGAAACCUCAAAAGGCAUGGGACAGUUAAUAAGUAAAACAAUAAAUAAAAGCAAUAAAUAGAACAACAUAUCCAAUGAAUUAAUCUAAAAUAGCAAUCAUUUAAAAUGAGUAUUGUCUGUGUUGAGCAGCCUAACAGCAGAAGGAAUAAAGGACUUAGAAUGAAAAUAUACAGACCCUUAUAGCCCUCCAUAUGGACUGUCUGGUAACCACAGAUACUGGAGCCGUUUACAUUUAUUUCUAAUGUCUGACCAGAGACACCGUCAGAGAUAGAAACCAGAAGCAGAUCCAGACCAAGUCCAGGCUCAGUGACCACAAACUGGCAGUCCACAUAAAAAAUCAUGGCAACCCGAAGAAAACAGAACAUGUGGUCACUGUUCAACGGGUGAGGCUGAGACAGAUGCACACACACACACACACACACACACACACACACACACACACACACACACACACACGCCAAGAAAGCACCUUUAAGACUCUAUGUUGAACCCACACACUAAAGGAGCAGAUACAGUAGAUCACUGUUGUCGGAUAGGCUGCAAACACUUACCUCUUCACCUCUAAUGUAAGUUCAUCUCCAGUUAAUAUCUACACAGCUGAGCAAAGAAAACAUCUGGAACCAUUAUCACAAAAAAUAUUAUAUGCUGAUUGGAUCAGAUUACUCAAAGGCAAUAAAAAUGUCACUAGCAUUAAAGAUAUUCCAUGAAUUCAUUUUUUUCUAAUUUUGCCACUUUCUACAAGGACUGCUAGUUGUUGGUUUACAAAUUAUUUCUCUCUCUCGCUUUUUAAAAAACGUAACAAUCAAUCAGUAAUAACAGCAUAAAUGUAUGACACGUGUAUUUAAAAUGUAUAUGCAACACUACAUUUAUAUUGUUUAUUUAUUUGUAUUGUUUAAUUGUAACAUACUAUAUGUAAUAUUUGAAUCAUCUGUAAACAUGUUUUAGUUCAUGCCAAUAAAGUUAUUUGAAUUAAACAAGUAAAAACUGGGAUUAUUUUUUCUUUAUUUACUGAUUUUCUAAAUAUCUAUGUUAAAUCGAACAACACACAUAUCUGUGAUUACCAUGGUGGUUACCUAUGGUGAUUACACAGGAAUGGGCCCGGGGCGUCACGUUGCUAUGGCAACUCAGAAGCGAAGCCAUAUAACAACGCUAGAAUCAUGUCUACGUCGGUGGCGAAGGGAGAAAGAAAGAAGAGACGUACUUUGGUGCUGAGGCCCUCCUCUGUGUUACGUCACUGUCUCAGCUCCUCUCGAGCUCAGAACGUCUCGGUGUCCGGAGCUCAUGGACUCAACCAGAGACACACCAACAGCGUCGCCGGGUCCUGCAGCCGGAGAAGCUUCAGUCUGGGCGGAGGCAGCAAAGUUCUGGAAAAGAGCGUCGUUCAGACUCCUAGACAAGCGGCUCGGGUGUUUGACGAAGAAGACAACGAUGUCACUCCUCUGCCGCUGUACCAGGCAGAUCCAGGAUCAGUGCAGGCCAGAGCCAGCAGGUUCUUUGUGGAUGAAAUUUCUACUGGAUCAGCAUCAGACCAGACAACAGCCACGGGCAGCUUCACCAUGCCGUUUUCCAGGUCAGUGUUUGGCAGCAGCAGAAUAUCCAGCCAGUCGACAAUAGAGUCAAUGAACGAGGAGAUCGAGGAGACGAUCUCCAAACGAGACAUGCCCAUCAACUUCCCAGAUGUGCAGGGGAAACGAGAAUCUGUGAGAGAACAGCUGACAGAGGAAAUGUUGAGAGAACUCAUAGAUGUCGACAUCUGUGAGACAGACAGCAUUUCACUGCUGGACAUACCCAGCACCUUGGUGUCAGUGGACGCUGAUGAUGCAGAGGUGAUUGUAGCGAGGAACAAUCAUUACGCUGAUGUCUGCAGGAAUAGAAUGGGCAAUGAUAAGUACACGGAUCAGUCGGUGCAGACGCUGAACGGAGCAGCUAAGAACAAACAUGUCCAGAGUGACAGCAUCGUCACGGUGGACACAGGUGCAACUGUCACCACCUGGGACAUGUAUGACACGUUGUGCGACCCUGAGCAGGAUGUCACAGUGCAGAAGCCUGAACCGGCGCAGAAUGACUAUCCGGAGGCUGCUGUGGACACCAGCAGAGCUGCAGAGAGGAGCCUGUCAGUCUGCAGCACAGCCAGUACAGCCAGUGCUGCAAGCUCACUGAAAGAAAUGGAGGUGUUAGGGAGUUUAAAUGCUGAGUCAGACCUGCAGCUCAUCAUGCUGUCAGUGAGAUUCCAGCAGACCUUACUGGUGAUGGAGAGGAGCAUCCUGGGAAACACCUUCCAACCUCAGCUGGCUGCUUACAGACAGCUGCCUGUACGAGAAGACCCAGACAGACCCAUGGGACAGAGAGACAAGGACACAGAGAGCUGCAGAGCUCCGGCUCUGGAGCGUCUGUGGUCUUUCAGCUGUGAGCUCAGCAGAGGACGCAGUGUCAGCAGCAUGGCCUGGAACAGGAAGAACCCGGACCUCCUGGCUGUGGGUUAUGGUGAAUCUGACUCCACUGACCAGAGACCAGGUCUAGUGUGCUGCUGGUCCUUCAAAAAUCCCACAUGGCCUGAGCGAGUCCUCCUCUGUGACAGCGCCGUGACGUCUCUGGACUUCUCAGCCAAGAGCCCCGGGCAGCUGGCUGUGGGACUGCAUGACGGCACCGUCAACAUCUACAACGUGCAGAGUCAAGACGACAGGUCGCAUGUCUUCAGCAGCAGUGAGUGUCCCAACAAGCACCUGGGCCCAGUGUGGCAGCUCAGGUGGACUCAACAGGAGCUGAGCCUGACAGGAGAGGAGAAGACCGAGGCUCUGUUCUCUGUGUGUGCAGACGGCAGGAUCAGCAAGUGGUUUGUCUUCAACAACGGCCUCGACUGCACAGAUGUGAUGAAGCUGAAGAGGAUUCAUAACACGAGGAAGAACAAUAAAGGACAGAGGACAGAAAGUGUUCUGUCAGCACUGACUCCUGGUCUGUGUGUUGACUUCCAUCCAACAGACUCCAGUCUCUACCUGGCCGGUACAGGGGAAGGCCUCAUCCACAAGUUCUCCUGCUCCAACAGUCAGCAGUUCCUGGAGACUUUCAGGGAACACUUUGGUCCUGUGAACCAGGUUGCGUGGUGUCCACACAGUCCUGAUGUGUUCCUGAGCUGCUCCUCUGAUUGGACCAUCCAGCUUUGGAAGCAGGACCACCUCAAACCAGUGUUAGGCUUCACCUCCACCCAGACGGCAGUGUGCGAUGUCCAGUGGUCCCCAAAGUGGGCAACAGUGUUCGGAGCCGUGAAUGAGGAACAGCUGGAGAUCUGGGACCUGAACUGGAGCAUUCUGGACCCGGUCUCUGUGCAGCCGGCUGCCGCCGGUGUGAAGAUGACGUCCCUGCUGUUUGCCACACAAACAGAAUGUGUCCUGGUCGGAGACAGUGAUGGACAAGUGACAGUCUACCAGCUGAAGAACCUCAGUGUGGGAGACAGCAGCCAGGUGGGUGUUAUGGAGGAGCUCGUCCUCUCUGCAGCCUCCAGGUAGUUUGAAGAAACUAUUACACCUGGUCUGUUAAAGAUGUGUAAGUACAAAGAAAUAAGAAAAACACAUUCAGAAUCAUAGGUAACAUAAAAACACGUUGGCAUCACUCAUCACAUGAAAUUGGACUACUGAGGUUAAAUUACUUAGAUGGCCAACAUGUGAUCCUGACUUCAUACCAGCUUUGCUAUACUAAAGAUACAGUCAGACAUAUGGGUUGGGAGGACAGGACUUUUAUAGAUAUUUACAGCUCCACCAUUAUUUCUGUAAAAAGCUUAAAGGCUCUAAUCCAAGAGAACUGUCACCUGUAAUUCAUAUAUUUAUUGAUGCUUACAUCUCGGGAAACAACAAAGGUCUUAUAAGCAAGCUAUAUCAUGGCAUCACAUCACUGAACAAAGAUACAACGGACUAUGUAAAACAAUGAUGGGAAAAAAGAACUGGACAUUGAAAUAAGUGAAGAAAUGUGGCUUCAUGCUGGGGAAACACAGUCAUCCUCCACCAACUCCCAAACCUGGAGAGACUUUAUGACUCCUAAACAGAAGUCUAACCAAACUGGUGCGCAGCCGCCCUGCUGGAGGGAGUGGACUUAAUGUUGAUCACACUCAUGUCUUCUGGUCUUGUCCUUCUAUCCAGCCUUUUUGGAAGGAUAUAGCAGCAACUAUCUCAAAAAUCCUGGGAUUUGAUGUCAAUGUUAAAUUCCAAUCCCUCUAUCUCGGACACAUCCCUGAUGGACUACGCAAAGACAAUGCCUCUUAAAGAUCAUGCUGGCAGCAAGUAAAAAAGCUGUUAGAAAAUGCUGGCUUCAGAAGAACUGUCCCACUACUGGACUCUUUAUUAAUGUUGUUAAACAGCUGCAUCUUUUAGAACAGAUGACUUACUCCAUUCGACUCUUAAAAGAACUGAGGGAAAAACGAUGGACAAAAUUGUGUGUUUAUUUAACCAAAAACACAGAUUGAUUAUAAGUAUGGUUUUUAACUCAAUAUUCCUCUUUAAAUAGAGUCAAUUGCCAUCCCAUGAUCUCAUGCCUGUUUGUCCUACAUGUUUGUUCCUUGCUUGUUAUUGUCAUAACAUGAAAAAAAUGAAAAGUAAAAAGAAAAAAGAAAAGAAAAAAAAGAAAUAUGACGUCACUGUUAAAAGCAUCAGACCGAUCAUGUUGGUAGCUGAGGCUGAUCCAAAUGUUUCUGCUCAUCCUUCUCUUCUGUCCAUCAAACACCUGAACGUUUCCUGAUGUGGAGAAAAUUCAUCUGUAUGAAUCAAACUGAAGCCUGUUCAUUUUCAUCAUGAAGAAUCUGAUCGUCAAGUGAUUGGGUGAAAUGAUUAAACACAAUUAA